CGGUGUCGCGUUUUGCCUCAGUACGUGUAGUUUAAACACCACGUGCACAAUUAUAAUGACAAAACAAAAAAACAGCCACGGUGACGUCACCAAUUGCGAUCAGCCCACACGCAUCGAUCGGACGCGACGGGCUCCGUAUCGAUCUGUGUGUGGGCUGCUGUUUGUUUCCGCCACUGCGCGGAGACGUGGUUCCGGUUCAGCGAUCCCGCAGCACACGGAUUGUUCGGUGUUUACAUUUCCGGUUCAACUCACAGAGCAGAAGCCGAAGCAGUGUGAUGAUUGAAGAACAAUCGAUCUCACAAUGGCUGCAUUCUGUUAUGAGAAAGUGAAUAUUAUAUUAUACAUAUAUGUGUAAAUGAAUUUUUUUUGCCAUGGCAUCUCCACUGACGAGUCUGGUUAAUGAUGAUAGCAGAUACCAGAAAUGCUUCCAGCUUUUUCUGGAGCGCUCCUCUGAGCAUCAGUGUAUGCGGGACUUCAUCCACAAUAUGCUGCCAGAUAUACUGGCCAGCAUUGGAAAUGGAAAGUCCCACCUGAAUGUCAUAGGAGUUGGGAGUGGAGCUGGUGAGAUUGACCUCGAGAUGCUCUCCGAGCUCCGUCUGAAGCACCCAGGGGUGACAGUGGAUAACGAGGUGGUGGAGCCCAGCGGCACUCAGCUGCAGAACUACAAAGUUGUGGUGUCACAGAAACCAGGUUUAGAUUACAUCAAAUUUAACUGGAACCAGAUGACUGCCAUUGAGUUUGAGGAGCACUGGAAAGUGAAAAAGAUGACUAAGAAGGCUGACUUCAUUCACAUGAUACAGAUGCUGUACUAUGUGAAGGAUCCUGGAGCUACCAUGAGCUUCUUCAGGAGUCUCCUGGACAAGAAUGGGAAGCUUCUUAUCAUCCUAGUGUCUGGUGAGAGUGGUUGGGGAAAGCUGUGGCGGACAUACAGGAACCAACUCUGUAGCCCAGAAAUAAGUCAGUGUGUGACCACUGGAGACCUCAAAAGCCUCCUGGACUCCAAGGGGGUGAGCUACCAGAGUUAUGAGCUGCCAUCUCAAAUGGAUAUCACCGAGUGUUUCACCGAGGGGGAUGAAAAGGGAGAGCUUCUGCUUGAUUUUCUGACUGAGGUGCUGGACUUCAGUAAGACAGCCUCCUCCGAACUGAAAGCUGGUGUUUUAGAGUUACUUCGGCACCCAGACUGUAGCGUGGAGUCCAACGGUAAAGUUAUCUUUAACAACAACCUUGGAGUGAUAGUCAUAGAUCAGCUUACUUAAAAACACGCGGUUCAUAUAGUGAAUAGGACGUUUGCAGCAGAUUAACAACAUACUUGUAGUUUUAAGGGUGAUUGUUUAAAGGUGUACAAUGUAGUAAUGUAACACAUUUUUGGCCUGUGGGAAUUGCCUUAUUUCACAUGGUCAGGUUGAUACCAAUUAUUCUUUCUUGAUUUUAUCUGAGCUUGUGCGAAAUAAAAAAAAAAAUGUUUUGUUUAGUUUUUUAUUCAAACACAUUUUAUUUAAGUGUCAUGAACCACAAAAUGGGAAGUUCAGAGUGUUGAUCAGCUUCAGAAAUCAGCCUGAUAUUCCAUCAUUAUAUCAUUUGUAAUGGGCUACAGAUGGCUGUGCUACCAACCCUAUCACACUAUGGCUCCCAUUGGAUCAUAUUACUUUGGAAAUAUAAAGAUAAAAUGAACAUUUAAUUUUCCAUGGAUAUUGAGUUGUUAAGUUUAAUAAAUUAGACACUCCUGUGGGAGUGUCUGGAUAUGUCUUUGCUUUUGAAUGGUGUCUAUUGUAAUGGUUGAAGAUUAUAUUUAUAUCAUGGGAGAAUAUGAUGAGACAAAUAGUAAACCAGGACCCGUUUAUGCUGACCUUUCUCUUUUUCAUUGUAGCUGUUGUAGAUUUUAACACGUCAAAUAAAUAUUUUUUAAAUAA